CUUACAGCAGUACACUCGGUUAUAUAGGGUAUCCGAGCAGUACAACUUUCAAUACAACAGCAAUCUCAGAUAUCUUGAAUCGACUUGUCGAUAAAUCCACUUAUGAUAAAAGAUUAAGGCCUAAAUAUGGUGCUGAACCGGUUGAUGUAGGUAUAACUAUACAUGUAUCCAGUAUCAGUGCUGUUUCUGAGGUUGAUAUGGAUUUCACACUUGACUUUUAUUUGCGACAAACAUGGCAAGAUCCUCGUUUAGCAUUUGGUGAUAUGUAUUAUGGCUAUCAAAAGGGAAAAAUUGAAUCUCUGACGGUUGGUGUAGAUUAUUUGGAGAAGCUUUGGAAACCGGAUACAUUUUUCCCCAAUGAAAAGAAAUCAUUCUUCCAUACCGCAACAACGCAUAAUUCCUUCUUACGAAUCGAUCCGGACGGCACCGUUUUCACUUCCCAAAGAUUAACAGUGACAGCAACAUGUCCCAUGAAACUGCAACUUUUCCCGAUGGAUUCACAGAAAUGCAGACUUGAAAUUGAAAGUUAUGGUUAUACAACUGCUGAUAUUGCUUUAUUUUGGGGCAAAGAUCGCAGGGAUCAGGGUCAAGUAGUCGGGUUCGAAAAUAUUUCUCUACCACAAUUUAAGCCGGUCGGUUAUCGAGUAAAUGUUACCAGGGCGACGACUUCUUCAGAUUAG